GGUUCCCCAUGCCAGGGGAGAGCCUGUCAACACCUUGGCUUUGCAUUGUGUUUGUCCAGGUCAAAAACUGGUUCUCAGAGAUACCUCAUGUCCUGAAAAGCUGAUAAUGUGCAAAAAAUCUCCCUUAAAAGACUGACUAGCAAAGGGCAUUAGUCACCAUGACUGCAGUCACCACACUCCAGCCAAACCUUUGGCCAGUUUCUCCUUAACCAAGUGGAUCAAAUCCCAUCCUGUAUUUCAGAUCCCAAAUUUGACCCUUUGAAUACCAAAAUAAUCCAAAAACUAACAAGAAGAACAAAAUUCAGGAUGCUCAGCUGCAGCAUUAAGCCCUGUUUCCCUCUUUCCCAUGGUGUCCCCUCUCUUUGGCUGUUUACUGUGUUCCCACCUUGACAGUGAGACACCUCAUGCUGGGGCAGGAAGGUUGAUUUCAGGCUGUUAGCAUCUCUCCCAAGUCACUGCUUGCCCAAAGCAUCCCUCCCUGGCGUGUCCCAUGGCUGGGUGGCACCAUGCAGCAGUGUUCCUUCAAGUGUGGGGUCCAAGGGGAAUGUACUCUGUGCCAGAAAGCCACCAAGGAGCUGCACCAGAGCGAGGGGCUGCAGGUCUGGGGAGCGAGCAGAGAGGUACAGGGGCAGGGAGGUGCUCAGUGCCACAUCCUUGGGCAGUCUGUGCCCGUCUCCACCAUGGCCUCAGCCAUACAAGAUGUCAGCCCUGUGAAAGCCAAGGCUGGGGGACUUCACACUCUGGUGCAGGUGUGCAUCAUCAUAGGGCAAGAGACCAGCAAGUUGCGAGCAGCUUUUCCCAGAUUUUACUGUAAAAGGCAGCCAGUGUGCACAGGCUGCAGCACCUCCUUCACCCACAGCCUCCUUCACCCACGGGCCUGAGACAGUUUCCUCCACUCCUCAACUUUAUAUCUGCUCUGUGUGCUGUGGUUCUUCCAGUCUCUGCUUCCUGUGGUAAGCAUGAGCACCAGGCUCAGGGAUUUCUUACAACAUCCCCAUUUUUUGUUAAAAUCAGGGUUUUUCUUUAUAUGUGAACAGGAUAGCUGUUGUUGCCCUCUAGAUAAGCAAUAUGACUUCCUGCCAUAGUGGCUGUGGUGCCUGCUGUGGCUCUCAUCACAAGGGUGAUGCACAGGGUUGUUUAGCUUGUUCCUCAUCAUCAACAUCCCCCAAGGGUGAGUGAGCAAGUUGUCAUCCUUCCUCGCCAUUCACUUCCAGUUCUGCCCUGGGAAAUGCCAACCAAACAGAGGCUGGGUCCCUUUGGACACUUCAUUAUUUCAGUUUGCCGGGCAUUGCUUUUCCUCCCUUGGCAAUUUGGCUGUAGGUGUUUGUGACUUCUCAUUUUCCAUUGCUUCAACUCUCAGAGGCUUUUUUUUUUUUUUUUACCUGCCCUCUCUUUUCUUUCAGAAAGGUUUGAUUUAUAGAAUUAUAUAGUUUGGAAGGGACCCUAAUGACCAUUUAGUUCCAGCUCCCCUGCCACAGGCAGGGACACUUUUCACUGGAUUAGACUACUCAAAGCCCCAUCCAACCUGGCCUUGAACACUUUCAGGGAUGGGGCAUCCACAAAUUCUCUGAGCCACUUGUGUCAGUGUCUCAUCAUGCUCACAGUAAAGAAUUUCUUAUUUGCUGAAGAUCUCAGAGACAGAAAUAAUGUGUCCCUUGGUCCUAAGUGUGAUUACACAUGCAGUGUUAUCACAUGUUAUGAUAACAUUGCUGGACACCAAAAUGUCUCUGUUUGGGGUCUGGCAAAAGCUGAGAGAUACUGAUGCAGGCUUUAGUAUCUCUGAAAUACCAGCCUAGGAAUCUUGGCCCAGAUAACCCAUGGCUACUAGAAAAUGUAUUCCUGGUGUACUCCAGAAUGUGACAUAGGCUCUGCAUGUCCCUUGCUCCAUUUUACACAGUGAAACUGUCUCUCUUCAGUGUGGGGAGGGGGAAUACCUUCAAGAAAAUAAGGCAGGCCAACACAUCCCUGUGGAUCCUAGGAGAUUAUUUUAUUCAAACAUUUUCUUCCACCUUGCUUUCUUCAUGUCCCAUUAUGCCUGCAUGGUGUGAAUUGCUGAGUGGGAAUGGGGUACUAGAAUUUAGUUGAGAGCUGCUUUCUAAAUUCCUGAGUCUUGGAUGACCCUACAUGGCUCCAGGUGUGAUCUGGCUCCGUAACACCCUUUCUAUGAUCCUUCAGAUGUGUCUAGCUUUUAUGAAAAGAAACUGAGACAUUAAAAUGGGGGUCAAAACCAUGCCAGGAUGCUGGUGCCAAUUUGCUGCUGCAGGAGCAGUGUGGUGUCUGGUUCCUGCCAGCUGUGCCAUGCAGAAAAGGGCACGAUGGUCAUGUUAGUUUGCUUUCAUCGACUUACAGUCAGUUUGUCCCUUGGGUCCCUCUUGUCUUUUUCUGGAUGGCACAGCCUGAUGGAGGCCUCCAAAAUGGUCAGGAGGAAAGUGGGUUUGUACAUGCAGGAGGAGAGAAGGUAAAAGGGGAGCUUAUUGCUCUGUGUAGCUACUAAACCGUAGAAUCACAGAAUGGUUUGGCUUGGAAGGAACCUUUAAAGGUCAUCUUAGUUUCAUCCCUCCUGCCGUGGGCAGAAACACCUGCCACUGGACCUUGUUCCUCAGAGCCCCAUCCAGCCUGGAUAGAGUUGGAUAGAGGUGUGUGGACAAGAUGGAGCCAGGCUCUUAAGGGGAUGCACAGUCAGAGGACAAAGGACGGCAGCACAGGCUGCAGCUUAUCUUCUGCAUGAGCUCAGUCAGACCCUGGAACAGGGCCCAGAGAAGCUGUGAGACCUCUGUCCAUGGAGAUACUCAAAGAUGGACUGGAUGAAGCCCAGAGAAACACGACUGAUUUAACUCUGAACUAAGUCCUGCUUUGAGCAGUAGCUUGGACCAGACUCCUCCAGAGUCCCAUGCCAGCCUGAAUUAGCCAUGAACCUACACUCAGAGAAAGCCACUGCCACUCAUCCCUCCAGUGUGGCAUCCCUGGCUUUGUUUUGGGAUAAUGAGCCAUGGUUGUCACGGAGGUUGCCGGGGAGGCUGACAUGGGACAUCCCUUCCCUGUAGAUUAUCGUGCACAGCAGCACCAGCAGUUCUGAAUCUGCAGAAGAGUCGGGAGGGCGCUCAGGGGAAGCCCCAGCGGUGUUUUGCGUCACUGGGCCAGGUUGCCUAGCACUGCUGCGGCUGUGGAGAAGGGACACCAGCUCCAGGGGCCCGUCUGAUCUUUCCCCCUGCGUUUCCCGUUUGAGAGCCACACACUGCUGAGGACGGAGCAGAGGAGCAGCCAGGCUGAUGGCAGCUGGGGCAGGGAUGCUCGAGCUGCCCUUCACCUGCGACGAGCAGCUCACCCGGCGCAUGCGGCUGCGCUUCCAGAGCCUGCAGCAAAGAAACAUGAGGCCCCAGGACGGGGAGAAGCUGCUGCGCCCCAACGAGCACAUCUACCGAGUGGAUUUCAUCCAGCAGCACCAACUGCGCUUCCUCCGCUGGAACGUGCGGCUGGAGAGACCUGGGAAGGUCACGCUGACGGGCACCUCCCAGCACUGGACUCCUGACCUCACCCACCUGAUGAACCGGCAGCUGCUGGAGCCAGUGGGCAUCUUCUGGAAGAAGCCAGGGGCUGAGGAGGUGGAGUGCAAUGAGGCAGAUGCCCAGGAAUUCGGGGAGCGGAUAGCAGAAUUAGCCCAGAUCCGCAAGGUGAUGUAUUUUCUCCUCACUUUCACUGGCGGCCUCGAACCAGCUCAGCUGAAAGGCUCCAUUGUUUUUAAAGCCUGAUCCCCUCUUGCUUGGCUUUUCUCCUUCCAGCUAUGCUUCUUUCAGCCCAGUUCUUUGCUCCAUUUUUACAUCUGGGUUUUUUUUCUUUUUUUUCUUUUUAAUGAGAGACAGCACCGUGGUAAAGCAGAGAACAGCUCAGUGCUUCUGGAGCCCCUCAACCCUGUGAAAUAUUCACCAAAUGUGCUGCCCACUGUCCAGAUGAUGGGGGGAAGGGGACUAUGGGCUUACUGCUGCAUUUGCCUGGAGUAUAAGACUGUGUGCUUGUAAAUUCAUCAGGGAUUCACGCAGGGUCUUACUGGCUUGGAAAUAUGAGGCUGCCCUCAGUCCUCUCACUGUAGUGACUGCACACCAAAAACCCACUGGAAAAAUGAGUAAUUGCCAUACCAGAAACCAGCAGGGACCCCUGGAGAGAGCCCUGCUUUCCAGUUUCCAUCCUAGCCAUUGUCUGUGAUGGAGCUGCUCUCCUUGCAAGGUGCUGAGUAGCUUGCAGGCGCUGGGGACUUGUGCUGCUGCUGUGGCUGCUUGGAGUCUCUGAAGACCAGUCCCAUGGAGAAUCCACCUUGCUGUGAAGCUGAAGUACAUACACUUGGACUCACUGUGCUCUGCAGAGUGUAAACCCACUGGACUAAUGGGGAGGUUGGACCAGCCUUUUCUGACCACUGCCACCAUUUUUGUUGGUCCAAGAUGGGUUUCAGCAGGUGUGUGUGUGUGUGUGCGUGGACAGAGCCAGCAGCUCAGAGCAGCUUAGGCCAGCAGUGAGUCCUCUGCAGCAGAGCUUAUUUGUGCUUUGUUCUGUCCUUAAAGCACCCAUGAAAAUAUUUACUCUGAAGUGUCUAUAGAGAGCCAUGAGGCUGCAGAGCACUUUGCAAGCCACAGAGCAGGAACCUGCUUCUGUCCCUGAAAAGCAGUGUCUCCUGCCCUCUAAAACACAGGGAAGGGUGUCUGGGUGACCAGGGGAGCAGAAGGGAAGUGAUACAUUUAUAAGUAUUGGAACAGGAGAGUGUUUUGUGCCCAGUUUGCCCCAUGACUACAAGUAAACUACUACAUUUGGAUGUUUCCUUUUCCUCCACCAAAAAGUGUAGAGUACUUAAAUGAAGCUUCUUGAGACACACAGAAAGAAAUGUCCCUUAAAAGAGAUAAGUAUUAUUACAGUUGGUCCUCUGCUUAGAUUGCACUCAAGUGUGUGUGAGUACUCCUCGAGGGGCAGCCUGGCAUCUUCCCAAGAUGGUUAAGGAGAGAACAGUGAUGGGAAAGCCAGGGCAAGGUGACUUUGUACCUGUGGCCUGUGGACUUAGGCAGAUCAGCCCCAAAAAGAGUCCAACCUCUUCUCCAAAACCUCCAGAGAUACAGAUCUUAUGCCUUCCCCAGCCCAACAGUAGUGUGUAAAAUGACAUGCUCAAGUUAUGCCAGGCAGAGAGGAGAAAGAAGCAGAGCAGCUACUGGCUGGAGAGAUGGUGGGAGCUCUGAUUCUUGCCCAAAACCGAGGCCCAGCAACCACCAAAUCCUACAGCCACGCCAUGGCCAUUGCCAGACAAGUUAAUGUCUUUGUUUAGAUUACAAGAAAUGCUGGACUCAGUGCGUAGAGAGAAAAGUGCAUGCAUCCCUGCUUGGCCAAACACCCUCUAGGGUCCUAGCAGACUUUUCCAUAGAAAACCCCUCCUUUGUUCAUCCCAGAGCAGAGUUCCUGACUACAAACCACUUUAGACCAAAUAACAGGAGCCACUGGGUUAUUGCCUGCUAAGUCUCACAAUAUGCCAUUGCUACGUUGCUAGGGUAGAGUUCUUGCUGCUGCUAUCUCCCUGGGUGUUGGUGUACCACAGUAAAUAAAAGCCUAGACAAUGGGUUCUCCUUAAGGACUGAGGCUGUUUGUGUCUUCUUCGUGCUCCCUUUGGAAGCUGCCCUAAUCCAGCACGCAGUAAAGCACCAAAUUUCAGCUCAAUAUUGGUAUUCUUGAACCCCUUUCAACUUCCGGUAAAAUUUAAGAUGAACAUUUACUUUCUUCUCUGAAAGGCUUCGUGGAGUAUUGAACAGGCUUUUUGUGGUCAAGAGGGGGUUGAAGCUGGGCAUAAAAGGGGAAAUGAUUCUCAGGUGGAUCCUUGUUUCCUUCAGAACUGGGGAGGGAGGUGAGGGGACCAGUGUGAUCUCUCCCUGCUGACUCUUUUUACCAGUCACUGAAACUAUCCCUACACAGUUUGAGCAUCCCAUAAAGACUUUCAGAUACAUCACCCUGUCCCAUCUCCUAGGGGAAUUUCAUCCCAGUCUGUACCACAGCCCAGCAUAUUGGAACAGCUGGGUGCCUCUCUCCUUAUUCUGAACUGGCAAGUUCCCAGAAGAAGGCUUGGAGAACUUGGCAUGUACCAAUUUCUCCUUCUAAUCAGGGAGGUUUUUUCCAGGGUCACAGGUACCUUUUCUCUCUCUUAAGAAAAUUGAAAAAAGCCCUAAAUUAGCUUAGGGAGGUGAACCUGGCAUUUCUGAGCUCCCAAUUUACCUGUCUCUCAACCUUUCACUGUAAAUUUGUCACACUAAAUUGUGUUGCAGCUUCAGAUUUUGUGAACCCCCAAGGAAAAAGCAGCACAGCUGGGUGGAGAAGAAUGUGGUUUCCACUGCCCCAGUGUCACACAACCAAGCUGAGUGGGAUCCUGGGAUGGGUGUUCCAUGGCAUACUCUCCAGCAGGGAACACCUGUGGAGAUCAGACUCCUCUCAUUUCCUCCUGGGUCAGUGUAGAAAUACAACCAGUCCUUGCUCCUGAACCCUGCCCUGGCUGAAAACUGACCAUUUUUGCUGCCUUCAGUGCUGGAGGGUGCUCCCAGAGAUGUCCCCAAGAGAAGAAAUGAGGAGGAUGAUGGGGACCUCUGUGUCCUGCCACCAGUGACAGUAAGAGCAAGUCUCAGAGCCAGCCAGCUGGAAGCUGUCACUACCAGCUCUGGCACACCAGCUGCCUCUAAUCAAUGCUGGGAUCAUUUCUAAGCCCACAUUAAUAGUGAGUUGAUUAUCUCAAAGGCCCUCUAUGACAAUUCAUUAGGAUGAGCUCCAGUCAGGAGGGAAUCCAUGGGCACUGAUGGAGGGCUUGCUGACCUCCCUUGGCAGUCUCCAGAGAGGACUCUGGGACGCAGUUGUUAGCACUCCUAUAAAGCACCAAGCCCUCCAAAUGUGGCUCUUUUUCAUGCCUUUGUCUGCUCUGCUUCUAUUGAUCCAGUCAACUCAAGAGUGCCUGUGAGCUUGCAGGGCUGAUGGCAUCAUUAAUAUUUCAGUGUAGGAGCAAUAAGAGCCCUGGGCUGGAUCAUUGCUGGUAGCUAAGGAGUCAGGGGGCUCUUCAGAGAGAAUUCUCUCUGCACAAUUCCUGCUUUGUGGCAGCAGACAAAAAACAAAAAUAAACCACCAAAAACAAAAAUAAACCACCACCAAAAAAAAAAA